CGCGCUCAUUUCUGUUUAGCUUGUCGCGCGGUUUUUCUCGCGGGCUUCGAUCAUUUCUCUCUCCGCCUUUUUCACGAAACGACGUGUUGGCUAGUCGGUGCCGCCUUGUGCCUUGUUCUCUUUCAAAUUUCCUGUAUUAUUACUACAAAUCAAUAAAAUCAUCAAAAUGUUCGAAGCUCGUCUAGUAGCCAGCACCACCUUGAAGAAGGUCCUGGAAGCCAUUAAGGACCUCCUGAAUGAGGCCACCUUCGAUUGCAGUGACUCCGGCAUCCAGCUGCAGGCCAUGGAUAACUCCCACGUUUCGCUGGUUUCAUUGUCGCUUCGGUCGGACGGUUUCGACAAAUACCGGUGUGAUCGGAACCUGUCGAUGGGUAUGAACCUGGCUAACAUGUCCAAGAUCAUGAAGUGCGCCAACAAUGACGAUACGGUGACCAUGAAAGCCCAGGAUAAUGCCGACACCGUCACCUUCAUGUUCGAAUCUCAGAAUCAAGAGAAGGUUUCCGACUACGAGAUGAAGCUGAUGAAUCUGGACCAGGAACACUUGGGAAUCCCCGAGACGGAUUAUGCCUGCAUAGUACGGAUGCCAGCCAUUGAGUUCGCCCGCAUUUGCCGAGAUUUGUCCCAGUUCGGUGAAUCUGUGGUCAUUUCCUGCACCAAAGAAGGUGUUAAAUUCUCUGCUUCCGGUGAUGCCGGAUCGGCUAACAUCAAGCUGGCCCAGACGUCCUCGGUGGACAAGGAAGAGGAAGCGGUCGUCAUCGAAAUGCAAGAACCGGUGACGCUUACUUUUGCCUGUCGUUACCUAAAUUCUUUUACCAAGGCCACACCGCUUUCGAGCCAGGUGCAGCUGUCCAUGUCGGCGGAUGUUCCCCUGGUGGUGGAAUACAAGAUCCAGGACUUGGGACACAUCCGGUACUAUUUGGCACCGAAGAUCGAGGAUGAUGAAAACUAAAUUUUAGAUAUUUUUGUAUUACUUCUGAUAAUGUUUCACAACAUAGGCCGAUAGACUAUAAGAAUCUUUAUGUUAUAAAUAAGGAUAAUUUAAAUUUUCUCUUA